GGGAAAACAGCCACUACAUGUUUGAGGAAAGCGGAUCGGAGCAGGAGCUGUGCUUGAAGCAUUUGAGAUGCUAGAGUUACUGGCGGAUUUUCAGUCUCUGCUCGCUCGGCUUGCUACCGCCCGCCACUUUUUCUCCAGCCCACAGUGGUGCAAACGCGGGCGCGACUGAACCGUGAAAGCAUGCGCCACAUACUUGCGGCCUUUCUGGCAGGUGUGGGGUGCAGCCUGGAGCUAGAGGAGUGCGAUGGCGCUUCCGUGCUGCAGCAGCGAAGCACUCGGAUCUCGGAAGAGAUGAGCUUGAGAGAGGCGGUCCAUGAAGCAGGCCUUUUAGCCAAGAAGCUGAGCAAAGACGAGAUCGCCGGCCUGGUGCGGGGCGUGGGGUACAACGAUAGCGUCUACAACCCCCCGUUGGGCUACUUCGUGGGAAACAGCGCGCCGGUGCCACGCUUGGGCAUCCCGUCGCUGAACUUGCAGGACAACGGCCAGGGCUACCGCACGGUGAGCAAGGAGGUGAUCAGUCUGGUCACGGCCUUCCCUUCCACCUUGGCGGUGGCAGCGACCUGGGACCGCAAGCUGGGCUUCGCGUGGGGCCAGGCGCUGGGGGAGGAGUUCCAUGGCAAGGGGGCCAACGUACUGCUGGGCCCUGGGCUCAAUGUCCACCGGGUGGCCCGCAACGGCCGCAACGUGGAGUACCUCUCUGGGGAGUCGGGCUAUUUGGGCGCUGAGCUAGUCCAGGGCUACAUCAAGGGAGUGCACUCCAAGCACGUAGUCACUGUUAUGAAGCACUUCAUCGCCAACAGCCAGGAGACCAUGCGGAGCUUUGUGGACCCGAAGAUCGAGGAGCGCGCGCUCUUCGAGGUGUAUUACCCCCCCUUCCAGGCGGCCAUCGACGCAGGCUGCCUCUCCGCAAUGUGCUCCUACAACCUGGUGAAUGGUGCACAUGCUUGCAGCAACUCUGUGAUCCUCCAGCAGCACCUCCGUGACGCAAUGGGGUACCAGGGCUGGGUGAUGAGCGACUGGUGGGCCCUUCACAACUUCUCCGCGGAACAAGGCCUGGACCAGGAGAUGCCUGGCAACUCCUGCGAGGGGAACCCCAUGAACAAGGCGUACUUUACCGAAGAGAACCUGGCCACCUUAUCUUCUGAGAAGCUUCAGCAGAUGGCCACACGGAUUCUGACCCCAGUGGUGCGGUAUGGGCUCAUGGAGUAUCCCGUGUGCGCACCGGAGGAUAGCUGCUAUGAUGAGAUCUACAAAAAGGAAGCGCCACACCGCCAAGCCCAUGGCAAGCUGGCUCGCCGCAUGGUCGCUGAGUCGGUGAUGCUAUUGAAGAACAAGAAGGAAGUGCUGCCCAUUUCCCCCGACGUUCAGUCCAUCGCUGUCCUGGGCUCCGCAUGCGACGCAGACAACAACAUCGACGCGAUGUUGGACAAGUGGGACUUGGGGAACUACUACACCGUGGGCGGCUCCGGCCGUGUGAUCCCAGAGAACCCUAGGUCUGUGCAGGAGGGCAUCGAAGACGCCUGCGAGGCGGCCGGCUGCACAGUGUCCGCGGUCCUGGUGGACGACGUGGAGGCGGCCCUGGCGGCCGCCGAGAACGCGGACCUGGUGGUGGUCUGCGCAGCUACGACUUCGCAGGAGAACGCAGAUCGCGAAAGCCUGUCCGUCGACCAAGAGCCAUUUGUGGUGGAGCUGACAUCACGCCUGUCAAAGCCCAGCGUGGUGGUGAGUAUGAUCCCAGGCACCAUUGUCAUGCCGUGGAUCGAGAAGGUGGAUGCUGCGGUGGCCGUGUUUCUCGCAGGCCAGGCCACGGGUGAUGGCAUCGCGGACGUGCUCUUCGGCAAGGUGAACCCUGGGGCCAAGUCCCCCGUCACCUUUCCGCUGAAGGAGGAGGACGCCAUUGCCCCGUGCGAUCCACCUGUGGACUUUGAGGAGGUGCCCAAGAAUUCCUACCCCUGCGAGUAUGCCGAGGGUCUCAAGGCGGGCUUUCCCUACUAUGAGGACAAGGACGUGCUGUUCCCAUUCGGCCACGGCCUGUCCUACACCACCUUCAGUUACGGCGCCCUGUCCAUCAGCCCGUGUGGCGCGGAGUGCGCCUCGGUUCAGCUGGAGCUGCGGAAUACAGGGCCGGUGGCGGGCGCAGAGGUGGUGCAGUUGUAUCUUGUGUUUCCAGAGGGCCUGGGUGAGCCCAAACACGGCGUGCUGCGGGGCUUCCAGAAGGUCUUCCUGGAGCCCAACACCGCGCAGCAGGUGGAGCUGAAGCUGCACCCCAAGGACUUUGCUAUCCAUACCUCAGCCUGGACAGUGCCCGAUGGGGAAUUCCAGGUUCACGUGGGGUCCUCGAGCCGGGACAUUCGCGCUGAAGGCGCGUUCACGCCGAAGGCCAUGCUGAAGAUCCAGAUGUGAAAGGAGAUGAGUGGUCUCGGGUCUCUCUGUGAGCCCUUCACUAGUUUUGAUUCCCUAGUUGCCUAGUUUGAGGUUGGCAGGUGCCUUCUUUCAGAGGAAGAAGAGCCCAUAGAGCCCCCCAUUUUUCAGCAGCUCCUGGAGUGUUUCCCGCGCUCGCGGGCAAGCACUGCUUUAGCUUCAUUGUGGAAAGGCUGGCAGCCGAUGGCUCUGCUCCAAAA